AGGCUGAACAUGGCCAAGAUUCAACAUCAGUGGAGGAAAAUCAUGAGAGUUGCCAAAGUAGAGCAGCUGCGGCACGAGCUAGAGAUCAUGUCGCAGAACCAUGAGAGGGAGGUUGACAUGAAGGAUGCGAUCAUCCAGAUGCUGGACAGAGACCUUGAUGAAGCGGAGGAGCAGUACCAGACAGCUCUAAGAAGCCAUCUGCACAACCUGGAUACCAUGAUCAAUCUCUUCGAUGCCAAGAUGUCAGAUCUGAGGAUGGAAUUUGAGUCGGAGCUGCAAAGAAUGAUCAACGACUUUUCCAAGGAGCGACGUGAAACUCUUGAGGGUCACAACAGGAGGACCAAGGAGUUCAGCGACAUCCUUGACCUCCAAGAGGAGCAGUUCCAGAUGCUGGAGGAGGAGCAGCACCAAGAGUUCGAGAGCCACUGCGAGGAGAUCAAGAACAAGAACAUGGAGGAGCUCAACGUGCUGAGGUUGACGCUUGAGGGACAAAUCGAAGACCUCGAGAAGCAUUUCCUCGCAGCGGCAGACAGCUACAGUGCAAACACCAAGGACAAGGCAAGAGAUUGUUGCCUGACUCCCGCUCAGGUGCAGAAGUUCAAGGAGUACACUGAGAGAGAUCGCAAGGCAGCCAUGACGAUCGACACUCAGAUGAAGAGGCUGCUGCGUCUACAGGACAACCUCGCUCUGUGGCGAGCGAAGAUCGCGUCAAACACAGAGGAGAGCGUGAAGCGUAACAGCUUGCUGAAGAAGGAAAAGGAGAGUCUGCAGGAGCACUUCAACCGGACCAAGUUGGCGAUGAACAGAAUGAGGGAGGAGCAGGCGACGAUCUUGAAGCAGCUGAGCGUCGAGUGCAACGACUGCGACAAAACUCUGUCGAGCAACAUCGCCCUGGCUGAGCGGAUCCUGAACACGGCAGAGCUGAACCGCAAGCUGGAGACAGAGAGGGAGAAGGUGGUUCCCUUCUACCCGAGCCUGAAGUUGACCGAGGAGGACGAGCUCUCGCUCAACGAUCCUCCUGCUGGACUCCAGGAGGAGGCAGCAGCCCUCAGCAGCUACUGCAGGUCGCAGAGCGGGCAGACGGUAGAGAAGUGGAACAUGCUUGACAACUUCCUGCGCAAGUACAACAUGGUGCUGCUGGACAAGGAGGCGAUCCGAAGGGAGAAGGAGAGGCUCCUGCAGGAGAACGGGGACCUCCGCAGCAUCCUCAAGCAGUACCUUGACGGAAUCUCCGUCAACCAGAAUGUCCUCCAGGCGCCGAACCCUCUCAUGAUCGUCAACGAAAGGAGCAACAUUCAAGCUCAGCCCCAGCAGACCUCCCUCGGCCCCUCCACCAUCGUCGAUGGUUAUCAAGUCGUUGCCCAGCAGGUUCGAGUCCUCCUCCUCCUUGCUCUAGUCAUGUCUGCUCUGCUCUGCUCUGCUCUGCUCUGCUCUGCUCUGCUCUGCUCUGCUCUGCUCUUCCACCUUCCCUCCCUCUUGGUCUUCGUUUUCUCUCCUCCCUAUCUUAGUCUCCCCUCCCUCCUCGCCCGCUCCGUCCCUCCUCUUAUCUUCUUCUUUCUGACGCCUCGUACAGUACUACCAGGCCAACUUUGGUUUGUGAGGUGA